GACCGUGAUUACGAUAUGAUCGCGACAAGUACAGAGACGGGGGAAGGAGUUACGGUCACCGAAGUAGGAGCUAUAGCCCAAGUCCUGAUCGUCGCAGAGACCGAAGGGCACCCAAACAUGAUGAUGAGGACCGAAGUCGGAGUGGAUCAUACACAAGUUCAUCCCGGAGCCCGCAGAAAGCCAAAUAUGAGAGGAGUCGCUCUCCAAAUCAGAGACCUUCUACACUUGAAAGUCCUGAUGUACGAAAUGGUGAAAGAGAUUCUCAGCUCCAAAGAGAUGUGCCCAGUGGACGUCCUGCCAAUUCCGCUGGUGCAUCUCCACGUAGUCCAUAGAUCGAGUGGAAAGAUGAGUGCCCCAGGUCGUGGGAGUCAUUUUUGCUCGACAAACAAUUAUACUUUAUCCUGAGUUGCUCUUGAUUGGGUGGACAGAUACUUCGUUGCGUGCAGUGAUUUAGAUGUUAAUCCUAGGUUUAGUCGGGCGUUAUGUUUUCCUUCUUUGAAGGCAGCUAGUCCGUCUUUUCUGA